AUGUUCAAAAAGAUACUUAUAGCAAAUAGAGGAGAAAUCGCUUGUAGAGUAGCCUAGACUGCCAAAAGAUUAGGAAUUCAAACAGUUGGUGUUUACUCAGAGGCUGAUAAGCAUGCUAAACACGUUCAAGUAAUGGAUGAGGCAUACUUGAUUGGACCACCUCAACCUUAAUAAUCUUAUCUUAGAGCUGAGAGAAUAAUUGAAGUAGCACAUAAAACUAAGGCACAAGCAGUCCAUCCAGGUUAUGGCUUUCUAUCAGAGAAUGCUAAGUUUGUAGAUCAAUUAGAGAAGGAUAAUAUUACUUUCAUCGGCCCACCUACUAAAGCCAUAAGAUCGAUGGGUUCAAAAGCAGAGUCAAAAAAUAUCAUGAGCAAAGCUAAUGUUCCAAUAGUCCCCGGAUAUCAUGGUGAUAAUCAAGAUCCAGAUUUCUUAUUGGCUGAAUCAAAGAAAAUAGGUUUCCCUGUUAUGGUAAAGGCUUCACUUGGAGGUGGUGGCAAAGGAAUGAGAAUUGUUCUAAAUGAAGGAGAAUUUAAAGACUAACUUGAUGCAGCUAAAAGAGAAGCAAUGAAGGGCUUCAAUGAUGAUCACUGUAUUAUUGAGAAAUAUAUUGGCAAACCAAGACAUAUAGAAGUUUAAGUUUUUGGUGAUAAACAUGGAAACUACGUUUAUCUCAACGAGAGAGACUGUUCUGUAUAGAGAAGGCAUUAAAAAGUUAUUGAAGAGGCUCCAUCAUAAAUUUCCCCUUAAAUCAGGAAAAGCAUUGGAGAGGCUGCAGUACAAGCAGCUAGGGCUGUGGGAUAUUUCAAUGCUGGAACAGUAGAAUUUAUCUUUGAUACAGAGACCGAUUAAUUCUACUUUAUGGAGAUGAAUACAAGACUAUAAGUAGAGCAUCCAGUGACUGAGAUGGUAACUGGACUUGAUCUUGUAGAAUGGCAGCUUAAAAUUGCAGGAGGAUUCCAUUUGCCAAUAGUGGAGCAAAGUAAAAUCCCACUAAUUGGUCAUGCUCUUGAAGCCAGAGUCUAUGCUGAAGAUCCUGAGAAUGGAUUCUUGCCAGGAAGCGGACUCAUUAAAAUUUUGAGAGAGCCAAAAAGAUAGGAGGGCAAAGUUAGAAUCGAUACAGGAAUAAGAGAAGGUGAUCAGAUCUCCACAUUUUAUGAUCCUAUGAUAUCAAAGCUCAUAGUUUGGGGUGAAACAAGACAAGAAGCUAUUGAUAGGCUUUAUUAAUCAUUGGAAGACUAUAAAGUUAUUGGUUUACCAACUAACAUUAAAUUUAUGAAGAGAGUUCUCCUCAAUUCCACCUUCAAAACAGGAGUAUUUGACACUUCAUUUAUAGCCUAAAAUGAAAAGGAGUUAUUAGGUGAUAGACCACUAACUGACUUGGAGAAGAACAAAUAACUAGCUUCUGUUGCCUUAGUGAAUGUUUGGUUUGAAAAUGAGACUAAUAGAUUCCAGAGAUUAUCACAUGUUGAUCCUUGGAAAUCUUAUGAUAAUUUCAGAGUAAAUAAUGUUGCAAGAAGAGACCUUAAACUCACAGAAGGAGAGGGAAAAGAACAUCAUCUUAAAAUUGAGUACUUGACUGAAAACAAGUUCAACGUUUUAAAUGAUAAGGAUGAGUAUAUUUUGAAAAAUGCAGAGGUAAUUUUGAAUUAGGAAAGAGAAGAAGAGAUAUUAAUUAGAACUGACUCAGAAUAAUUCAGAGUACCUUAUCUCAGAGAUAACUUGGGCGAGUUAAAGAAAAAGGAAAUCCUUGAAAGUGAGCUUGGUGAAGGUGACAUUGCAAAAGCAGAUUUUGUAAAGAGUCCAAUGCCAGGAACUGUAGUCAAGAUCUAUUGCAAGAUUGGCUAGGAAGUCAAGAAAAAUGAGCCUCUUAUUUCGGUGGAAUCAAUGAAAAUGGAGUUCUUAAUCAAAGCCACUCAUGAUGUUAAAGUUAAGGAGAUAAGAACUCAAGAAGCUAAGUUUGUGUAGAUGGGAGAGCAACUUAUCAUUUUUGAAAAGCAAGAAGAAACUAAAUGA